GGGCGCCGGGCUCCCUCGCAUCCCAGGGCCGAGCGUUCCCUCCGCCCGCAUCGCACUGCAUGCUGUAACUCACCACUGAACCAACGCAUUUGGAACAGUUCAUAGCAUCAAAAACUUCAUCCUCAUAAACUGAUGCCAGCUUGGCACUCUCCAGACACUGUGAACUGAAGUUAAAAAUCUUUAUGGAGUUUAUAACACCUGGGUCAAAAGGAAUAUUCUUCUGAUAUACAAGGAGGACCCUUACUGCCAGUAUGACGAGCCAGGAGAAGUGGGUUAACCUUAGCCCUGGAGAGUUCUCUCAGCUUCAGAAAUAUGCAGAAUAUUCCACCAAGAAAAUUAAGGAUGUCUUAGAAGAAUUCCAUGGCAGUGGUGUGUUAGCAAAAUAUAAUCCUGAAGGGACAAUUGAUUUAGAGGGGUUCAAGCUGUUUAUGAAGACCUUUCUGGAGGCAGAGUUACCAGAUGAUUUCAUUGAACACCUUUUUACAUCAUUUAGGAACAAAAUCUCUCACUGCAGCCCAUUAAUAAAAAACAAACCACAGCACCUUUCUGGAGUUAAGGUGACUGAAGAGAGAUGGAAACAGAUGCCAGGUCUGAGACUUAACAAGGGUACCUCUACAUCCAGACCUCCUACUCCUGCCAACUCACAUUUACCAGACAUGAUCCAGCUGAAGGAUAUUGUUUGCUAUUUGUCACUGCUAGAAAGAGGAAGACCUGAAGAUAAGCUAGAAUUUAUGUUUCGCUUGUAUGAUACAGAUGGGAAUGGAUACCUGGAUAGUUCGGAGCUGGAAAAUAUAAUUGCUCAAAUGAUGCAUGUUGCAGAAUACCUUGAAUGGGAUAUUACUGAAUUAAGUCCAAUUCUUCAUGAAAUGAUGGAAGAAAUUGACUAUGAUCAUGAUGGUACUGUUUCCCUAGAAGAGUGGAUCCAAGGAGGAAUGACAACAAUCCCACUCUUGGUCCUUCUUGGGUUAGAAAAUAAUGUGAAAGAUGAUGGGCAGCAUGUAUGGAGAUUGAAACACUUCAACAAGCCUGCCUACUGUAAUCUUUGUUUGAACAUGCUGAUCGGAGUAGGCAAGCAAGGUCUCUGCUGUUCUUUUUGCAAGUAUACAGUCCAUGAACGCUGUGUCUCCAGAGCUCCUGCAUCUUGCAUCAAAACAUAUGUGAAGUCUAAAAAGAAUACUGAUGUAAUGCACCAUUUUUGGGUAGAAGGAAACUGUCCAACAAAAUGCGAUAAGUGUCACAAAACUAUAAAGUGUUACCAAGGCUUGACUGGACUUCACUGUGUUUGGUGUCAGAUUACAUUGCAUAACAAGUGUGCUUCACAUCUGAAACCUGAAUGUGACUGUGGACCUUUGAAGGACCAUAUUUUACCACCCACAUCAAUCUGCCCAGUAGUAUUGGAAAGACAAGCAACAGUGAAAAAAGAAAAGAGCUGCCCCCAGCAAAUGAACAAACUGGGAGAACGGAACAAAAUGCAAAGAGCAAAUUCUGUCACAGUAGAUGGACAAGGCCUUCAGAUCACUCCAGUUCCAGGCACUCAUCCACUUUUAGUUUUUGUCAAUCCUAAAAGUGGUGGGAAACAAGGAGAAAGAAUUUAUAGAAAAUUUCAGUACCUUUUAAAUCCUCGUCAAGUUUAUAGUCUUUCUGGAAAUGGACCAAUGCCAGGGUUAAAUUUUUUCCGAGAUGUUGCUGAGUUCAGAGUACUAGCAUGUGGUGGAGAUGGAACAGUAGGCUGGAUUUUGGAUUGCAUAGAGAAAGCAAACUUGAUUAAGCAUCCUCCUGUUGCUAUCCUGCCUCUUGGGACUGGCAAUGAUUUAGCAAGGUGUCUGAGAUGGGGAGGAGGGUAUGAAGGUGAGAAUUUGAUGAAGAUCUUAAAAGACAUUGAGAAUAGCUCAGAGAUUUUACUGGACAGGUGGAAAUUCGAAGUAAUACCCAAUGAUAAAGAUGAGAAAGGAGACCCAGUGCCUUACAACAUCAUCAAUAACUACUUUUCUAUUGGCGUGGAUGCUUCAAUUGCCCACAGAUUCCAUAUCAUGAGAGAAAAACAUCCAGAGAAGUUCAACAGUAGAAUGAAGAACAAAUUUUGGUAUUUUGAAUUUGGCACUUCGGAAACUUUCUCAGCCACCUGUAAGAAGCUGCAUGAAUCUGUAGAAAUAGAAUGUGAUGGAAUUCAGCUGGACUUAAUCAAUAUCUCUCUGGAAGGAAUUGCCAUUCUAAACAUCCCAAGCAUGCAUGGUGGAUCGAAUCUUUGGGGAGAGACAAAGAAAAGACGUAGCCACCGUCGGACAGAAAAGAAGAGGUCAGAUAAAAGAACCACCGUUACAGAUGCCAAGGAAUUGAAGUUUGUAUGCCAAGAUCUUAGUGACCAGCUUAUGGAAGUGGUUGGUCUGGAAGGAGCCAUGGAGAUGGGACAGAUAUACACAGGUCUGAAAAGUGCUGGGAGACGGCUUGCCCAGUGCUCAUCUGUUGUCAUCAGGACCAGCAAGUCUCUGCCUAUGCAGAUAGAUGGAGAACCUUGGAUGCAAACUCCUUGCACGAUAAAAAUUACUCACAAGAACCAAGCCCCCAUGUUGAUGGGACCGCCUCCAAAAACUGGUCUUUUCUCUUCUAUCAUCAAAAGAACGAGAAACCACAGCAAGGAAUAAGCCUAUGUAGUUUAGUUUAAAACAAAAAACAAUUAGCUUUGUUGGGCUUUGGAAUAUUUAUGCUGGAAAUCUUACAAGAAUUUUAGAAUAUCUUCUAUUUGCAAAAUCUUGGAUUUUGUUUUAACCGUUCUGUAGCUGAGCUGAUGUAAAACUAUACUACUAGAAAAAAUGUCGUCACAGUUUUGUAGGCAUUUUGCAUGAUGAAAGCAGAUGUUUACAUACAGUGAUACAGAAUAUUUUUUGUUGCAUGCAUUACCAUUUACUAAUCUAUGGGCUAAUUCUGCCAUGGAAUACAGGAAGAGAAUGUCAUGGGUAAUUUGAUUUUCUCUCUUUUCUGUUUCAGCUUUUUCUACAAUAACCAUAUGCCAUAAGUUCAAUAGUAUCUCUUCAAUCAAACAUCUUUACAUGAAUAGCCAAUCUGACCUGUUUCAGAGUAAAAUCAUUGCAGGUCUCAUUAAUUUGUAUUUUUAGUUUAUAUUUUCUUUCUACCCUGAGAAUAUUUUUAUUCAACUAAGUAUUAAAAUCUUGUAACUUAUUCUGAUAACUCCUAUGUACAUGAGUAACUGUACCUGCUGAAAACAUCUAACAAUAUGCACAGUAUUCAAAUGAUCAUGAUUGUUCUUGUGUAAGUUUUGUUAAGAUUACAAAUUGAUGAAAGUUUGAACAAAAGCUAUGGGACUAAGAAGAUCAUGCUGAGUGAAGAUAAUAAUACUUGUAAAACUAGCCAUCAGUGUUUGUUGAGACCCUAGAAUUAUUUUCAUGAGCAAUACAUCUCUGUAACAUGGCAAGCUUUAAAUCAUUCUCCACAUUGACCAAUAGCAUAGUGCAUAUGCACACAAAUAACCAAAGCUCAUGCCUAAUUAAAGUGCAUUUCCCACCAAAGAUUUAGUGAAGGAUGCUUCAGAGAAGUGGGUUAAUGCAUAAUUAAUCAAACUCACUGGAGUAGACUCACUUCUGAAAAUUUACAGUUCUUUUGAUUGCAUUGGCAAUGACCAGACAAAUGUUGGGGUAGAGAAAAGCAUUAAAUUAAUUUCAAGUAAAUACUCACUUCUCAUUUGUUUUAUAAGUUGAUAGACAUAGUAACAUACGCUAAAUAUUGUGGCAUAGAUAUGAACUCUAAAUAUUAGAAAAUUAAACUUAUAUUUUUUUGUGUCAUAAUAAUUUAUAAACUUACGCCAUCCAUAAUUACUCAUCCCCUAAGUUAAUCUCUAAGUUAAAGUUAAUUCAAGGAAAUGAUGGACUGUUGUCUGUUAUCUGUUAUCUGGAAUCUAAACAUUUCUUGUCAUAAAUUCUGGUGAGGCAGUUGCUCAGGUUUUAACUUUCAUAGCUCUCUGAGAGACUUCCUAACAGCUUAGAAAUCAUAAUACAGGGAUUUGUCUGAAGUUUGCACAGCACUGUCUAAUGUUGAAGGGAAGUCCAAGAAUGGCAAGUUUUUUCAGUCUUGCAUAUAAACAAUCUCAAAACUUUUUGUGCAGUCUUAACAUUGUUCUUUGUUUAGAGUGAGCUGCUUCUCAGCUCUGCAUGUCUUAAGUUCUCAGAGAUUUCAUAAAAAAAACAAGGAAAAAAUAAAACUUGGCUUGAAAUGCAUGAUUUCCCAUUUUUACCCAACUUCAAAAUGUUAAUUAUUUAUUAAAUCUAUUUUUCUAUUGAUUCACUCAUCCAUUUUAAAAGUAAGACUUCAUCAUGCUGUAGUGCACGGUACUGUGCAUGUAUUUAAUAAAGUUACUAUCAUUUGUUCCUCGGUAUAAGAAUUCAACAGAGUCCUAAUUUAUAUAAUAGACAUUAAAAUAAAAGUCAGUAUAUAGUUGGUUAGGAUUAUGUCUUUGAAAUAUACAGUCUAUGUUCUGUAAACAUUAGGAGGUAAAUGCCAAUUAAUGUUUUGUUCAGCAUUAGGUAGAAAAAUAUGAAGGUGAUUAUUUGCUAAAAUUAAGAUCUUGUAAUUCACCAUUCUUGGGUUCAGUGGUGUUGACAUUUACAGUUACCAUAGGAGUAAACUAGUAUUUUCCUGUGCAUUGCAAACACACACACACAGAGAAGCAGUUGAUGCACUGAAGUACAAACAUGCUUAAGUAUAGAGCAAAGGUUAUUUGCAAAAAGAAGGAAUUUGCUGAUAUAAUAUUACAUAAAGUGUAUAUUGGUUUUAUGAAAUUAUGGUUUACAGGUGAUAAAUAUUUUCACAUAACUUGACAUAGGAUUUUCUACCAAUGCUCUCAACUUUUUGUGGCAAAAAUGUGUUUAACAACAGUAUAUAAUGUGUUCUCUAUGAUUAUCUCAUGAACAUUGUAACUCUGAAAACAAAUAAAAUUAUACAUAAGCUAUUAC